AUGAAUAAUGGACGAGAUGAGCAUACAGCAUCUGUAUUACCAAAUGGAAAAGUAUUAGUUGCUGGUGGCAAUGAUCAUGUUAAUUCUCUAGCUAGCGCUGAAUUAUAUGACCCAUCAACAGGAAUUUGGACAUUUACUGGAGGGCCUCAACUCGCGUGGCAACGAUUCCGGUCGAACAAUCACGAGUUUCCGUCUCAUGCUGUUCUUGUUGAUGGUAGUGUAGAUGGUUCAUCACAGAUUAAACAAAUGUAUAUUGGUGUUGUCGAUUUACAGCAGGGCAGCUGUCAUGGUCCUUAUGGUGAUAUAGUGCCGGGUUAUGUACAACGUCAUGGCGUAGGUAUUGAAGACAAGUGUACAGCGACUAUUUACUACGCUUACAAUGGUAAAGCAAUCAAAGCUAAUGAUGGUGACUGUGAUCUAGCGAUACUAACGAAUCCAGCUGGCUUAAAAUUAGUUUGGCUACUGGACAAAGAAGGACAUGUACCAAAUAAUGCCAUUGAGUUUAGAUUUAUCGAUGAUGAAGGCUGGGAUGUGGUCUACGUUGGACGUACAAUUGAUAGUAAAAUUAUUGGUAGAGUGCAGCCAUCAUACAAGCACAAAUGUUUAUAUUUUCCAAAUUUUGAAAAAAAUAUGGAAGAAAGGACAAAUGAAUAUGAAGUGCUAUGUUUUACACAAGAAUAA